AGAGAGGUGAAUCCUUGCAUUUUGUUGUUUGAUUUGGAGGAAGAAGAAGAAGAAGAAGAAAAAGAAAGGAGGAGAAGAAAGAAGAUGCCUCUCGGAAAAUAUUACUGCGACUACUGCGAGAAGCAAUUCCAAGACACUCCGUUUGCUCGAAAGCGCCAUCUUCAAAGCCUCUCCCAUCACAAGGCCAAAGCUCUCUGGUUCGACUCCUUCAGAGACUCCAAUCAACCUCUCUCUCAUGCCUUUCCAACACGCCUCUGUAACCGAUUCCUCACUACGGGCUUUUGCCAGUACGGUGAUUCUUGCAACUAUUUUCACUCCAACAACAAUCCGCAGUACUCGAGUUCGCACCCCAUUGCAGGUUUUCCGGAGAAUAAUCAAGCCCCAAAUAUUCCGGUGAAUCAAUUCAUGGAGGGCAGUUCGUUGACAGGUAGUUUAGAUAGAUUGAGAACAUCAUGGGGAAAUUUACCUCCAUCAUUGAUGCCUCCUCCAGAGGGUGGUUACCCACCUCUCCCUUUUGUAGAUUGGGGAUAAUCCACGAAUCAGUUACUGGUACAAGUCUACUCGGCUUCUCUUGUUUUUAACCUCCUACUCUAUAUAAAGCACCAAUUUCAUCAAAUUUGGAAUCCUACACAUCUAGACUAUGAGCCUUUCAUUGCUUUCCUUUCAAGUACCAUAUUCUUCAACACAUGACUGUCUUUAACUUGUCCUCUGUUAAUGUUUUACCAUUUAGUUGCACCACUUAUGUGGAGAUUAUGGUGCUCUAAACUCGUUCGAGAUCGACACUGACAUAAUGUAAUAUGAGGAGAGUUAAUGAAGCAAAUAAAAGAACACCUAAUUCCAA